AUGAUCCAGAAGAUACGUGUGGCUGGGGCUACUGAAGUCCUUCAACAUGGAAGCAGCUGGUACGAAGCCGAUAUCUAUCUACGAGAGAAGUUCAUAGACAAUCAGUGUGAUGCAGCGGACCGAAAAAAUAUCUACGUGCCGCCCUUUGAGCAUGAAUAUAUCCGGGCUGGGGCAGCGGGAAUAGUCUCGGAGAUUGCAAAUCAGUUACUGCCACGAGAGAACACCACUGAUGGAGACUUCCCGGCCGACGCAAUUGUAUGUAGCGUGGGCGGCGGUGGUUUGUUCAAUGGGAUUGUUAGAGGGCUUGAUGAAUUCUUCCAGUUUCCCAAGCCACCAAAUGUCAUUCGCAAUGGGCCGAAGGACGUCUACGUGAUAACCACAGAGACCUUCGGGGCGCAUUCCCUGGCGUAUUCGCUGGAGCAUGGAAGUCUACAAACCCUUCCAGCGAUUACGUCACAGGCUACCUCUCUGGGAGCUUUGCGCGUAGCCACCAAAACCUUCGAGAAUGCAGUAUCACCUCCUGCUGGCAUCCAGGUUCGAAGUGUUCUUGGUACAGAUAUGGAGGCUGCUGACGGCGUGGUGCUCUUGUCGGACGAGCAUCGAUUGCAGGUGGAAUUAGCCUGUGGGAUCAGUGUUUUCGUUGCGGGGACUCUCAACACAUAUAAUAUCGUGCCGGAUCUGACACCAGACAGUCGGGUUGUAGUGGUCGUGUGUGGUGGAAGCAACAUCAAUGCCGAGAUGAUUGCAGAGUAUCGCCAGAAGCUUUCAACUGGAUGGAACUGA